UCGAUUCCCUUUUGACUCUGUUUGGGCCUUCUCCAGUUCUCCCAUCCAAAUCGAGCACGUCUUGAAACCCUAGCGUGGAGGCAGCCCAAGGCGGCGGUGGGUCUAGGGUUCUAGUCCUGGGUACGCACAGGCACAACAUUGGGUCAGUGGCCGCCUAAACCCUACCUGAAGCCGCGCCGUUUGCCGGCUUCCAUCGAGGCGAUUUCGUGCGAUCAAUCCUCCGCAUUGCCGGUUUGUGGGGAUAGAAAUCCAAGCUAGGGGGGCUGCUAUGGAGUCAGAUGGAUCCAUAUGUAUCGACUACAGAGCUAAAUUUGAGUAUGGGAGAAGCUCCUUAUGAUGAUCUUGAGCAUGAGGGACUGCUGCUGCCGGACAUUAUCAAGCUUCCUUCUCUUAAAAAGUUGACUCUCUGUGAUGUGGAAGUGCAUUCGAUAGAUCUUGAGCAUAUGAUUCGUCGGAGCCCUGUCCUAGAAGACAUGCAUUUCGUAAACUGCGCACAUCAUCUUGAGCUUGUAGAAUCAAACAUGCUAAAGAGGUUAACUAUUGAUGGUUUCUUUGAUCGAGGGAAAGGACUCACUAUUGCUGCUCCUCACCUCAUUCACUUUGAGUGCAAUGGCUGGCCACUGGAAGAAAUUUCUUGGCAAAAGCGACCAUCUCUAGAGAGUGCGCACAUAGAUACUUGGUGUUCUAAACGCACUUUUGAUGGCCAAUAUGAUCUUACAGGGAUGGUUUUGCAUGCCAAGAGACUUGCGUUGUGUGGUUCCGAUAUAAAGGCUGUGUUGGAAAAGGAGCUGCGCUCAUGCCUGGUUUUUGACAAUCUUGUGACUCUAGAAAUCGGUGGAUGGUGUUUGACCAAUGACUUGUAUGUUGUAGUUCGCUUCCUCCAGCUUUCGCCGAGAUUAGAGAAACUUACGUUGAAGCAAAGAGAGCUUCAGAAAGUAACAAAAGGAGAAGAAACAAGUUCAAUACCAGUUGCUGGAAUGGCCUUUAAGUGCCCACUCCUUGAAACAGUCGUAAUACAGUGUUCCAAGGAUGAUGAUGAAAUUGAGAAGACAGUGAAUGCUAUGGCAGCACAUGGCAUUGGCUUGGAGAAGAUACAAGUCAUCUUUUAUGAGGAUAUUGAAAGAGCAGAGAGAUGGGGUAAGAGCCUGGAAGAGAUGAAGGAGCAUGACAUUUUAGAGAAGGCGCGGAAGGAAAAUCGAGAGAGGGUAGAUGACUGUAAUGCAGGGAGUGAUAACAAUGAUGAAGACGACGACGAGAUGGAGGAGGAAGACGAUGACGAGAUGGAGGAUGAAGACGAUGACGACGAUGAUUUUUAGAGCUCAGUGAGACAAGCAACUGUUUCCUGACUUAUCCGUCCUUUUGCAUUGCAUGGACCGCCCUUGCAUCUUCGCGUCCAUUCUCCAGCAUUAUAUUCUGACUUCCUAGUCUUUGGUAAGUCUAUAGUAGUGACAUGAGGCUACAUGCUGGUGACAUCAAGUUCAAAGUAGUCUAUGUUAUAUGAUCCUGACUUCUGGACCUCGAAGCAUUAAGUCUACUAUCUGCAUGACGAUACGACUAUUUGCACUGCAGCAUUUCAUUUUGAGCCUUGCUGCAUAGUAUUUUAUUGGCAUAUCUUUUAACCGUUCAUCUCUGUAAUGGCCUUGUGACCGCAUGAUAGCUCCUUUGUGCUGUACGUCCAGUUCGUUCCUUUGUGCUGUA